CACUCCGCUGGGCCCGGGACGCGCCGGCGGCGGCGAGACAGCGGGGCUGCGGGGUGGUCUGUCUGCCUCGCUCUCACAGUCCGGCUCCGCGCGUCGCCCGCACACGCCGCCGCCAUGGGCUCCUGAGGCCAGCUUGUCGCCUGCUCCGAGGGUUUCUCUCAGGAAGCCCCCUGCUGCCGGGCACCAUGACCGUGAGGGGGGCUGCGCUGGCCCCGGAUCCAGCGUCGCCCACAACGGCGGCAGCCUCGCCCAGCGUCUCCGUGAUCCCCGAAGGCAGCCCCACGGCCAUGGAGCAGCCUGUGUUCCUGAUGACAACGGCCGCCCAGGCCAUCUCUGGCUUCUUCGUUUGGACGGCCCUGCUCAUCACCUGCCAUCAGAUCUACAUGCACCUGCGCUGCUACAGCUGCCCCAACGAGCAGCGCUACAUUGUCCGCAUCCUCUUCAUCGUGCCCAUCUACGCCUUCGACUCCUGGCUCAGCCUCCUCUUCUUCACCAACGACCAGUACUACGUGUACUUCGGCACCGUGCGCGACUGCUACGAGGCCUUGGUCAUCUAUAAUUUCCUGAGCCUGUGCUAUGAAUACCUUGGGGGGGAAAGUUCCAUCAUGUCAGAGAUCAGAGGGAAGCCCAUCGAGUCCAGCUGUAUGUAUGGUACAUGCUGCCUCUGGGGAAAGACUUAUUCCAUCGGAUUCCUGCGGUUCUGCAAGCAGGCCACCCUGCAGUUCUGCGUGGUGAAGCCACUCAUGGCCGUCAGCACCGUGGUCCUCCAGGCCUUCGGCAAGUACCGGGACGGUGACUUCGACGUCACCAGUGGCUACCUCUACGUGACCAUCAUCUACAACAUCUCUGUCAGCCUGGCCCUCUACGCCCUCUUCCUCUUCUACUUUGCCACCCGGGAGCUGCUCAGCCCUUACAGCCCCGUCCUCAAGUUCUUCAUGGUCAAGUCUGUCAUCUUUCUUUCCUUCUGGCAAGGCAUGCUCCUGGCCAUCUUGGAAAAGUGCGGGGCCAUCCCCAAGAUCCACUCGGCCCGUGUGUCGGUGGGCGAGGGCACCGUGGCCGCUGGCUACCAGGACUUCAUCAUCUGCGUGGAGAUGUUCUUUGCAGCUCUGGCCCUGCGACAUGCCUUCACCUACAAGGUCUAUGCCGACAAGAGGCUGGACGCACAAGGCCGCUGCGCCCCUAUGAAGAGCAUCUCCAGCAGCCUCAAGGAGACCAUGAACCCGCACGACAUCGUGCAGGACGCCAUCCACAACUUCUCGCCCGCCUACCAGCAGUACACACAGCAGGCCACCCUGGAGCCCGGGCCCACCUGGCGCGGGGGCGCCCACAGCCUCUCGCGCUCCCACAGUCUCAGUGGCGCCCGUGACAACGAGAAGACUCUCCUGCUCAGCUCCGACGACGAGUUCUAGGCGCAGCUGCUGGCGGGGAGGACCGGUGCCUCGGCCCAGAGCAGGGCGUGCCCCGCCUCCAGCCUCACGUCCGGGCCGGAAGGCAGGCUGGCACAGCUUCGGCAGUGCCCUUUAAUUUAUUAGACCAGAAACACUCACAUAUCACUUCAAGAGGAACAGCCAGACGCUGUCUGCCCAGGGGACGGCCCAGGCUCCCCCAGGAGCCUUCAGGAAUAUUGACACAAGGCCGAGGCUCUGCUGCCUGGGCGCGGGGCAGAGGACAGUGGGAGUGACUCCCACGCCCCUGAGGCUCGUCCUGCGGUGGGGGCAUGUUGGGACCAGCCAUGCCCAGGCCCAGACGCUUGUGUUGUGGACCAGCGGCUGCAGCCUUCUCAGCCCCUCCCGCGCCCUCCCCCCGCACCCCCCCCCCCCAAGACGUACAGCCCCUCCCCCAAACACCGUGCAAUACUCUGACCCGGGCUCUCCCUCCCCUGUCCCCUUGUCUGAUGCUAGAUUAGCCUCACCCUGGGCGGGAGGAGGGAGGAGGGAACACGGAUGCUCUCUGUGGACCCUCCUCCUGACCCAGGCCUGCUUGGCAUGCUGCAAGGAUCAGAGCCAGACGCCAAGAGCCAUGGGUCCCGCCUCAGAAGGGUGCUCAGGUGCAUCUGGGCUCCUGAGGGUCCUCUCUGUGGCGGUACCUCCUGCCUGCCUCAUGCCCCUUCCUCCUGGCCUGCUGAGGACAGCCAGCCGCCCACACUGCCCUCCCACUUGGGGUCCUUCUUCUUGAGAGCAUUUUGGGCAGAGCCCUUGCCUCCCAGCUACUCAAAGCAUCAGGGGCUCCCACCCCUCCUUUGCAGGCUGAGCGAUCAGCACCUCUUCUGGAUCCUGGUCUCUCCCUGGGGCUUCCCGCUCCUGUUUCAUGGGGAGGGUCUGGUCUCCGCAUUUCAGACCAGCUUCCUGAGGAGCCCAGUCCUGCAGGAGGGAGGUGGGAGGGAUGGGGCAUGCGGCGGGGAGCCAGGAGAUGGGGGGCACUCCUCUCUCUGGCCCCGUAUCCACACAGGGCCUGGUGUCCUGCCUCGUCUGGCCCCACGGCCCGUCUCUUCUGUGCCUUAGUCACAUAUGAAAGCUCCCCCCUCCCUAGGCCCUCAGUCUGUCCCAGACACUCCCGGGGGGCUCCCUGUUAAGCUGCUGGCACUCAGACGACCCUGCAGUGCUGGGCCAAGUGCCCUUGGACAGGCCUCAGGGGUGGCCAGGCCCACCAGACCCCUCCCCUCGCCCACCUCCAUGCCCAUGUAUUUGGAGCCUUCCGGGGCCAGAGCCCCCAGGCGGGCCAGGCCCACACUUGCCACUGUCUUUGGAAGAGCCUUGUGAUGGGACACAGUGCACGUUCAUUGUGUGACAGGCAGAGCGUUCUGUCACUUGAAACCCAGAGAGCACGUGGAUUUGGGCUGCAACAGUCUGGAGGAGGGGGAAGAGUGAGGGAGAAGGGCCCUGUGGGAUCAGAACUUCACCGUGGCGCAUCUUUCCUUUUGGCCACUCCUGGACUGAACCGUGCCGAGGUCCGGUGGGGGGGUGCCAUCCCAGUAGUCUUCCUGGGCCUCCUUCAGUGACCAAGCCAGCCCUGGGGGUGGGGGACACAGAGACCUGCAUGUCUGGUACCAGAGGCCAGCUCUCAGGCCCCUGUCUGGUGGGCCUGGCCAGCUGGUAUCAGGCCGUGCGGGCGGGCAGCAGAUAGGUGCCGGCUGUCCGAGGAGACCCUCUGGCCCGCCCCCACCGUUUGCUUUCAUGAAUCCGUUUCUCUGACGCUCCUUCCAGGCCAAAGUGUGCUGCUGACUCCCUGCCCCCCUGGUCUUCACCUGGCCUGGCACCUGCCCUCCAGCGUGCUGGAUGCAGGGCUCCGCGGCAGGGAGCUAGCAGCCCCUGGGGAGAUGGGGGCUGGGGACGCGUGCCCAACCACUCCACCCCUCCUUCCUAGGAUGUGUAACCCACCUUGUCUUUUUAUUUUUGUUUUUAAAUUUUCUUUUCCCGAUAGAGUAGCUCUUUGUACAUAAAAAAUACUUGAAAAAUUAAUUGUAUGAUGUAUGCAAAGACAGAGUCCCCUAGUUUUGUAUCUCGUGUAUGACUGCCAUGAGUUCCACCAGAAAGCCGCUCUAUUUUGGUCUCUGUGACAUUUUAAAUGCGUGACAGAAGUGAGCAAAUACAGUGAGAAAGAAAUAUAUAUAUGAGAUAAUAUAGAUUGUAUUGAAAUCU